UAGUAUGUCAAAGGUGGGCCUCUGGGGACAAUUGUAAGCGCGGUGUCGGCAGGAAAGCUGUAUGUAAUAACUGCCGCACAUUCAUGUGAAUAAAAGCUUCCGUGUGCAGGUUUGUACAGAGUGCAUAAUGGCGGAUGAAUCGAAAUCUCAACAACUAGCUCCAAAGGUGGAGCUCCAUCUCCAUCUGGAUGGCGCCGUCCGACCAUCUACUAUCUGGGAACUUGCAAAGAAGCGAGGAAUCGACGUGCCGGGCUCAACAGCUGAAGAGAUGACAAGUAUCAUACGCCACAUUGAAUUGGGAAGCCUACCUAAGUUUCUGGAGAAGUUCGAGAUUUUUUUGCCACCUCUAAUAGGUGACAAGGAAGCUCUUCGUCGUAUUUCCUACGAACUUUGCGAAGACAAGGCAAGGGAAGGGGUUGUGUACUUUGAGACGCGAUUCAGCCCCCAGUUAUUGGUCUACUCAGGGCCAGACAGUGGCCAUGUUGAGGAGAAGGCGCUAUCAACACGCGAGGUAAUGCAGAGCAUUGUAGAGGGAUUAGACAAAGGACAGAAGGACUUCAAUGUCAAGGCCAGACUCAUCAUAUGCACUGCAAGAGAAACGCCCGGAUGGGCGGCAGAAUGUCUGCAGCUAUGCCGGGAAUACAGUCCAUCCGUAGUUGGCAUUGAUAUAGCUGACUGUGGACGUGCAGACGAAACAGAAGGCCACGUUUUUCAUCCAGAAAUCGUUAGAGUUUUCCAGGAAGCUGAGCGUUGUGGCAUUCAUCGCACUGUGCAUGCAGGGGAAGAUGGUCCAGCCAGUAAUGUCAAGAAAGCCAUAGAGUUACUGAAGGCUGAGAGGAUUGGACAUGGCUACCACAGUGUGGACGAUGAUGACGUCUAUCAGAUGGUGAAAGAUAAGGGCAUCCACCUCGAAAUUUGCCCAACAUCCAGCGUCUACACUGGGUCAUGCGACCCCGACUUCACGAAGCAUCCAUGUGUAAGGUUUGUUCAGGAUAAAAUGGACUUUUCACUGAACACUGACGAUCCAACGGUCUUUGCAAACACCAUCAAUGACGAGUUCCAGAUUGCUAAGAAGUACUUUCCACUGUCUGAGGAGCAGGCUGUACAAGCGACUCUGAACGCAGCACGUGCGUCCUUCCUGCCGAAGCAGGAAAAACUGGAGCUUAUUCAACACUUGAGGGCAGCAUACCGAUUGAUUUAAUAUUUACUUGCAGGCGAUGUUAUAGACUGAGCCGCAGAAACUCACACGCUUGCGCUCAUUAAAAAAAAAAAUUGCUGCUGUUUUAGUGCUAAAUAUAUAAAAAGUGAAGAUGAUCCUGAUUUUAGACUAAACGAUUUACUGAAAGUUUUCAUUUGGAAAUUCAAAAAAUACUUCCAAAAUGUACUUCGUAUUUAACUCCGCUUUCAAGCAUCAGGAUAGUCAAACAAACAAAAAUCAAACAUCCUCCAUUGUUGCAAAAUAAUGGGAAUUAAUAUCAUUGUUCUAAAAUAUAAAGAUUGAAUGUGACACGUGCUGUCACGAAUAAAAAGUAUAGGUUAGUUGUAAUUUGCAUUAAGAAGUGCAUACGAUUUGGUAUGCCUUGAUACUUCGCUGACCUGCUUCUUGAUAAAAUGAAUGGUUGCAAGAGUUUCAGUUUGAGAAUAUGGGUGCUGAAAACAAUAUGUCUUGUAAGCCACAGGCUAAAGAAGUGAAAUAAACUAUACGGUUAAUAUAGAAACUAUAUUAACUAGAUAUAUAAUAAUGAAAAAGUCAAAAACAGUUUUUAGGGAUUUUAACUGUGUUGGACGAAAACAUGUAACAUUUCAGACGGAGACUCAUUAUACAGUGUAUGAUAACGCUUAGACCAAAAUUUGUAAUACUCUAAAUGUAUGGACCAAAAGCAUCUCUUUUUAUAUCAAAUUAAAGAAAUGUAUAAAGAAAUCUUGUCUUUUCUUUACUACUAUAAUAAUAGAUUAUUUGCUUAUAUGUAGUGCAACAUUUUUAAUUCUUAAGAGUAAUUAUAAUGAGUGAUAUUUUACAUUGUCUAAUUCAAUGAAGUUACACAAUGUACUAUGGUAACCUUUGGAGCAAGCACAGCACAUGUUCUGCUAAUUCUGUGCAGCUAAAACAUUGGAUAAGUGGGACUAUUUGAUACUACAUGCGGCCCAAGAUUUUAUGUGACAUCAAAAUACUUACAAACUAUUAAACUGAAUGUUAUUCAGGAAACAUUAACAAUUCAUAAUGAAAAAAAACAAGAGGUAUUGUAAUAUGUAAUUGUCAGCAUCUCUUAAAUUUAAGCCAAGACAUUUUUAGAUUGAAAAAUUGUUAAUCGAUUUGUUUUUGUUUAUUCCAGAUUUAAAGAUAUAGUCCAUCAUUUGUAAUUUGUGCAUUUUGUUCGUUUGA